AGGCCCAGUGGAUCAUUGUGAGUGCUAAAAAACCGAAUUUGCCACCAACACGCAAUGUGGCAAAGUGAUUGUCAUCUGAGCUACUGUGAAAUCGGGCAUAACCAGGAGGCGUCGAGAGCUAAUCCCAAUCCGAUCCGGCUGUAAAUCCCGCCGCAGGUCACUGCUUUCGGACAACCAGUCUGCCGCCACAUCCAAUGUCUGUUCGAAUAGAAAAGCUAUCGCAGUAGAAAAGUAACCAUAAGCCAGCUGCAAGGCAGGAGGAGGAGGAGCUGGACCCACAUGGCGCCCUUCAAGCUCAAGUUCCGGAUGGGCAGCUCACGUAGCACCUCGCAGGAGCACGACCCGGAUCCGCAGGUGAACGAGGCGCUCCUGGGCGCCCAGCAGCAGCAGCAGGGUCAGCACCAGCACCAGCAUCCGCAUCCGCAGCCCCUCCAGGAGGCAGUGGAGGCCAGCAGCAGCUCCAGCCUCGACCUCGCGGACUCCAGCAGUCUCGGGCAGCUGAGCAGCGAGCGCAAGUUGCUCCUGCCGCCCACCAGCAACAGCAUGCGAUUGGGUUACCUUAACCAGAGCCGCACUCCGUGCAUCAACGAGUCAUUGACGGAUACGGAUGCGGAUACCGUGCCCACAACCCCACCGCCUUCCUACGAGCAUGUGCUAGAAGAGAACACUCGGCUGUCCCAGCACCAGCGACAGUUGUCCCUGGACAGCGCCACUCCCAACCAGAACAGCCGGCGCAGCUCGGCGAACAGCUCGCGGCACAGUGCCGCCCAGCUGAGUGCCGCCUUGGAGCAGCUGGCAGGGAAUGGAGGAGCCGCGGGCAUCGGCAUCUGCAAUGACCCGGACUGCCGGCAGAAUCUGAACAACAACGGCGCCACUAGCCACAGCAACCACAACCAGAACAACAUCAACAACAACGACGGUGAGCAGAUCUUCGAGGGCGUCACCGAACUGGAACUGCGGAGCGACAACGAGGAGCAGCUGAGCAUCAACGAGUUCCUGCUGGAGACGGAGAUGGCGGCAUCACCGUCACGCCGUCCGGAGGAGCGGUAUGCGGGAGCAGGCGAGGAUGAGGAUCAGGGUGGCCAGUGCCAGGACGACCAGUGUGCCCAGUGCAGCGAGGAGCGGGCUUGCGGAGAAGGUGGCGGCCAUGGGGCAACCUUCGACGUGGAUGCGGCCAGCACAAGCAGCCAGGCGGCGGCCUCAUCCGGAGGCGGCCACAACUUCUACGAUCCCCUCCUGAAUCGAGGCAGUUACGCCAAUUACAGCGAGGGUGGCCUUGCGAAUUCGGAUAAUGGUUCUGGGAAUGGGCAGCUGUGCCAGGAGGCCUGCUGCACCGGAUCCGCCUCUGGAUCGACUGCAUCCCGCAGCGGGCGCAGUGGACGGCGGCAGCGACAGCAGCAGCAGCAGGGCCAGUCGCCCAAUUGCCACACCAGCCUGCUCACGCCGGAGAUGAUGAGCAACAAGACGAGCAAGGAGAUCUACAAGGACCUGGCCAAACAGUGGGGCAUCACCUGCAAAAUGUCGGAGAGCUGUCGCUGCAUGGACUGUCAAAGUCACUACUUCGACUGCGACUACGAUGAUAACGAGCACCAGAAGACGGAUGGAGGACUGGGCGCUGGCACGCCCAUGUUUAUCAGCGAGGUGAUGCACGGCUCGGGAUGCAACAUAUUGUAGAGGGGAUCGACAUACGGACUCCCCAAGGAUUUGCUGAAACACUACAAUUAUUUAUCCGUAUUGUACAUGUUGAGAAAGGGCGUAAUUUCACGUAAUUAGCACUGAAUGUUUGCACAUUAUUUUAAGGUAAUGCUGCACUGAUAUACGUUAUUAUAGGGAAUCGGGAGGAACAUUUAUGGAAUGCCAAUUGGCCAGCCGCUUUAGGGGCUUUAAAAGUGGGAAAAAAGGGGAAAAACUACCAGCGAAUCAGGCGGUAAAAAUAUAUUUUUGGUGUUAGCCGUAGGACUUAGGAAAAUCGGUAUGGACAAUUAGGACGGGGGAGGAACGAGUUUCGAAAUUAAUUGAUAGGUAAUAUACCCACCUUGCAAACGAACAUCUAAAUAUCCUUGAGUGUGUUCUUUUUCUAGCGACUUUAUUCGCUUGAACGGUGACUAUUUGGAGGUUUAUACAUCCCAUUCUUUUGCCCAACCUUUUGAGCUUGUCCUUCCGACUUCUUCAUAAGCAUUCCCUUGCUGCUUUGCCCCCCAUACUAUUUAUAUGUAUUUUUCUAAGUGUACAGAAGAUGUGUAGAGAAUCGAGAACGACCACAGCAAAGGGUCGAGAGCUAGAUGAGCGGCAUUCCAGUGCCCUAAGCAACCGGAAAUUCUCCAAACAGAACUCUAAAGCGUUUUCAAAACAAUUUGGUAGAGUUCUAGGCGAAAGUACUCUCAAAACCGGAAAGGCCCGCAUAAAUUACACUACUAGUCAAUGAUAUCCACAUCAGCAAAACCAUAGAAUAAGCAAGUCGGCACUUUUGUGCCCGUUUUUAGACCCAGAUCAGUGGCGGUUCGGGAAAACCAAAGGCCUAUAGGCACUCUGCAAAUGCGAAAGUUAACUUCAUCGAAAUGACGAUACGAACCUUAAUUAUUUACUCGAACAAAACGAAAAUGCAAAACUUAGUCUGAAGGUUAAUAUGGUCCUGAUUUAGAAUCUUGCUUUAUGUGUAUGCUGAAGAUAGUUUCCGAAGAUUAAGCUGGUUUCACUCGACAAAUCCACUUGAUUCUAUCUUGAAAAUUGCAGUUACGCAGGAAAACACAAAAAACGAACGAUAGAGAAAGCAAAAACCGACUAAGUCUGUUAGCUGUUAGAUGGAAUUAGAA